AAGGACACGAACGGGUUAUACACCGCAGGCAUUACGUGUCUACCCCCUCCCCGCACCCCGUGCCACCGAUGUGUGUGUAAAUCCCCGCGUUAGUGUUGGUGAAAAGGAACCCAGAAUGGUGGCGGUAGAGGAGGUGAAGGCGCGAGGAAGGUAACCAAGAGGCCAGCAGGCCCUAGCCCCCGAGGAGUAACGUUGAGUCGUGAGGCAGAACGAGCGUGCGAUAGGUAGCACAGAGUGGCCAGCAGGCGCGACGUGGUGGUGGUGUGGUGGUGGUGACGACUGGUGCCGUGGACGGUCGGCGGGUCGGACGGCCGUGGUGUGUUUGAAGGAAACAACUAAAAAAAAAAAAAAUCAUUUUUGUGUUUUAUAAUUUAACCCUCAAACGGUGACAUCCCCCUCACGCAGGAGUCAACCAGGUGAACGAGUGAUCAGUGUUUGUUUAUCGGUUGUUAAAUAAAGGUUACUCUGCAUCAGAGUAAGUGGUAAUCUCGUUAAUUCAAUACAUUGAAAUGAACACACCGAGAAAUUGAGCAACUGGAGGUGGGGAGAAUUUGAUGCGGUGAAUUUUUUUUUAUUUGUGAAUAAAUAAUAAUAAUAAUUAAUUGGAUACUGCCAGAUACACCCGGAAGGAGUUGUCCAGGGCGUUGCGGAUAUAUUGUUCACUUAAAAAAGUGAGUUAAAAAAAUUGAAGGGGCAAAAACGGGGGGGAAAAAGUGAGACAGCACAUAAAGGAAAGUGAUAUAUAGAUCAAGUCGGGAACAACUGGGUGGUCGAAGUUUGGCCAGCAGUGAGGACAAGUGUGCCGGGAGUUCGGGGGAAUAUACCUCUGGUGACGUGCACGAGACGCGAGGAGAGAGAUAAGAAAUCAGUGGAUAAAGUAUUUGGAAAAAAAAAAACAACGCGCCAGGGGCGAGGGGGGAGGAGGAGGUGGAGGAGGACAUUAAUUCGCCAGUUUACCUCAGGAGUCUGAUAAAAUAUCAUAAAUCAUGUCUGACAGGGAGAGCCUGGACGAUCAGCCACAGAAGUAUGGAAACCCUGGGGGAGACAGUGGAGGGGCUGAUUUCGAUGGCCAACAUGGGCAGCAGAGUGAGCAGGAGCUUGCGACGAAAAUGCUGCAGAUACAGAGCAAGCGGUUCUACCUCGAUGUUAAACAGAACAGACGCGGAAGGUUCAUCAAAGUCGCUGAGAUCGGAGCUGAUGGCAGACGUAGUCAAAUAUUCUUAGCCCUAAGUACAGCGUCAGAAUUUCGUGAUCAUCUGUCGACGUUUAGCGAUUUUUAUGCAUCGCUAGGCCCUCCCAAUCCGGAGAAUGUGCCCGACGAUGGAAAGCUCAAGUCCGAGAUGAUGGUGAAGGACAAUAGGCGAUACUACCUGGACCUCAAAGAAAAUUCCCGCGGUCGUUUCCUGCGGGUGAGUCACCCUGUGUCACAGACGAUAACACGGGGAGGACCUAGGACACAAAUAGCAAUACCUGCCCAGGGGAUGAUUGAGUUCAGGGAUGCAUUGACGGAUCUGCUCGAGGAGUUCGGCAUCGACGACGGGGGAUUCAAGGGCGAUUUGCCGGAGGGACGUUACAUGCGCGUGGACAACAAAAACUUCUACUUUGAUAUUGGGCAAAAUAAUCGCGGUAUCUACAUGAGAAUUUCAGAGGUGAAGACAAACUUCAGAACGGCCAUAACGGUGCCCGAGAAAUCCUGGUCUCGGUUUCGUGAUAUAUUCGCCGAUUACUGUGAAAAAAUGAAGGAGGGUGGUGGUGUGAGUAUGGGUGGUAUGGGCCCCGGUAACGUAAUGUCCGAUGUUAAAGGAACAGGCAGUGGUCAACAGACCUCAUCCCCAUCAUCCACCUCACAACAGCCUAACCCGAAUCCAAAUUUAGAUUCAAAUUUGAUCAAGUGAAAAAGGCUUUAACUUAACCAACAAUAUGAGAAAUGAUAACGAAAUGAAAAGCAUACUAAGAGAUAAAAUUUAAAAUCAUAAAAAUUAUUUUAAACAAUAUCCAUUGAAAAAUGAUACCGGUUGGAUACAGAGUGACGAAUGGAAGAGAAAGAAACUCGUAUUCACGUCGUUCAUCGUUUAUAUUUUCUUCGCUAUUGUCCUAAUUUUCAUUGCCAAUAUCAUUCAAUCAUUAUCGCAUCAAUUCGAUCCUCUUCACGUCACGGGGAUGAAAGUAAUUCACGAAAAAAAAUUUUUUUUCUCUCCACAAUUGUUCGGGUACAUUUCCAUGUCAAAGAAUAAAAUUUAAACAAAUUUAAUCGAAUUAAAAAUGUUGAUCGUAUGAAUUUAAUCAAACGUUACGUUGAGGCAAUUUGAAUUUGAUCGUUAAGAUUUUAUGAAUAACGAGAAAAAAAAAAUAUAAACUGUUAUCAUUGUUAUUCGACAUGGAUUAAAAGCCUAAUUUUUUAUUUUUAUUAUAUUUCCGUGAGACAUAUUGCAUAACGGCAGCUUUAUUCAACUAAUUAACAAAGGGACUUCUACCUCGACUCUCAGCAGAUUAAUGAACUGUUAGUCUCUCAGGCAUCGUCAUUAAACAAUAAAUAUUAAAUGAAAGAAUCGAGCCAAAUGGAGGAGCAGAUUGCAAUGUCCAAAAAUUCAUUAAAAUAGAAAAAUUCAAUCUAUUCAUUGAAUGAAGUUAAUUACUCUGACUUUAAGUCAACAAAAAAAUGGCAAAUGAACGUAAGAAAAAUUCAAGGUGAAGGCAAUUCGUGGGACGAGUUUAUUUCUACAUAAAAUCAAUCGAGACAAAUUAAAUGAAGAAAAAAAACAAUGAAUACGCUUUCAUUCUGCAAUGCUGUGCUAAUAUCAACAAUUUCAAUAAUGAAAUAAAUAAUAUGUAAUUGCGUUUCCAUUCUAAUUCACAAAACAUCAACACCAAGAACUCUGACAAAAAAAAAAUAUAGGAGUGGAACGACGAUUAAAUGUUUAAAUAGUAUUUCGCGCUGGUGCGGAAUCCUUAAUCAUUAAUUAUUGAUUAAAAGUAGUUGAGGUGAAUUGUAUAUGCAUUACAGAUGGAAUAAAAAAAAGUGCUAUUUAAUUCGGAGCAUGGUUUUCACGGCCCGUGCUUAUUAAAGAUAAAAGAGCAGAUGAAAAAAAUAGAAGAGAAAAACUAAUUAAAAGUAAUCAUACAGAGGGAGAUGAUUAAAAGGAAAAAAGGAAAAUUUAUUUAUAUUUUAGCUGUUUGAAUUAUUAUCGAUUCCAAUUAGAUAAUUUUUUGCAUUCUCUUAUUAUACAUUUAAUUCCCCCCUUUUUCUUUCCAAAAAAAAAAAUAAAAAUCAAUCAAUUUCGGCUGGUCUGAAUUUAUCUAGUAUAGGAGAAUAUUAAAACAAAUUCGAUAAUAUUAAAUCAUUCACAAUAGGGACAUCGUUAUCUCGGUCAAGAGAUAGUGAUUAAGAGUGCGAAAGAGAUAUUAACUAUACGCAUGUGUUUUGGCUUCGAUCAAGAGCCAUCAGGAUAUUCAAUUGCCUGCCACAUCAUUAUUUACCAUUAUUUCCAAUUCAAAUAAAUCAAUUCAAUCCUGUCCACAAUUUCAAUAAAAAAAAGGAAGAUAAGGAAAAAUAUUUAAACGAAUCUCUUGAUCUGUUACUUCCAGUCACACAAAUGUCCAAGCUUCAUGUGUGUAAUAAUCCCCAUAAGUCACGGAUUUUCACAAAUUAACCCUCCCUCCCCUCUCCCAUUUCCACAAUUACCUAAAGAGAAAGAUAAAUAAUCCAAGCCAAGAGAUGGAAAAGAUGUGCAUAAUAGAUAAAGAAAAUACUAGAUAAAGUGAUGAAUGAAAUAAAAAAAAAACGUGCAGGCAUAGAGAUAUUUAACAAAAUGUUCACUGGCGCAGAUGGUAUGACACAUUGUGAUCUAUAUAAAAUUAAACAAAGCAUCAACAAGUAGUAAAUAUUUAAGGUAUAUAUAUAUAUUAUAUAUAUAUAUAUGUUACGAAUAAAACUUUAAUGAAGGAAGAGGAAAAAUUGAGAUAUAUGAAACACGAGAAAGAGUGAUGAGAAAAAAAAAAAUCGAAACACACGAUACACAUUACACUUGCGGUCUAGGGAUCUCGCUGAUUGUACACUUAUCGAAACACUAAAUAAUUACAUUGGGGUGAUGGAGUAGGAUAUGAAAUUACACAUUUAAAAAUGACAGAAUGACACCUAUUCGAGAGUACCAUUGUAACGUACACAGAGCAAGGACAGGGGAGUGAAGAAAGAAAAAUAAUAACAAUUAAAAUAAAUAAAAAAAUGUGAAAACAAGUGGACGACUACAAACGUACCUUUAUCGCGGAUAUGACAAAGAGUUAAAAUACGUCUCAACUUGGACGAUUAAAGAAAAACUAUUAAGAUGAGAAGAAAAA